AUGGCAUCAACAUUGUCUAUACCGGCAGCCUCUGCCUUUUCAUCUACUGGACUAGCACUACUAUUCGCGCCAGUUCAGACUGCAAGUCUUGCACUGGGCUUCAUGGGCUUUGAGGGCGGUGUCAUUGGAGGUCUGCAGCUCCUCUUGUCCCGAAACUGCUCGUUUGCCGCCUUGAUUCAUAGCUCCAUUGGAAAUGUAGCAGCCGGAAGCCCGUUUGCUAUCCUCCAGAGCGCAGGGGCAGGCGGUUACGGCAUGGCUAUCGUGAGCGAUGUCUUUGGAUUGACGGGUCUGGGAAUGACAGUCGUUGGAGCUGUUGGAAUGGUUGGAGCAUUGGUAUCGUGGUUGGGCAGUUUUCUGCGGUAG